CUGGAAUUUGGAUGGCAAAUAGUGCUGGGCACAAUUGUUGGAUUCUUGGGAGCAGCAUUUGGGAGUGUGGGUGGUGUUGGUGGAGGUGGCAUUUUCGUUCCUAUGCUUAGCCUAAUUGUUGGAUUUGAUCCCAAAUCCUCAACUGCCAUCUCUAAAUGUAUGUUAAUGGAUUCAGCUGCAUCAACUGUGUACUAUAAUUUUAGGCUACGGCAUCCUACACUUGACAUGCCAAUCAUUGGUUAUGAUUUGGCUCUACUGAUCCAGCCCAUGCUUAUGCUAGGAAUUAGUAUCGGUGUGACUUUUAAUGUCAUCUUCGCCGACUGGAUGGUUACUGUCCUGCUUAUUGUUCUGUUUAUAGGUAAUAAAUCUUCUAUUGAGAAAGUAUUGUUGGUCGUUCUGCAUUUGCGCAUCGCUUUUUCACUUAUUAAUGUCAAAUGA